AUGGCGGCCACCACGGGAGUGACCCUCCUGGUCCUGCUGCUCUACUGCGGGCAGGGAGCCGAGCUCCCGCCGAUCAACGUGACCUCAGGUACAACUACUACAAUGAAUAAUACAAAAGUUCAGCAGGAUAUGCUUGGAGUAUUCGAUGAAAUUCUAGUCAAGGAGAUGUUGGAGCCAAAUAGAUCAUCAAUGUCUACAUUGAUACAAAAUAGUGGAACAAUGUCAUCAACAAGAUUAUUCAAGGAGAAAAAUGCCGGCAUUGAUGAGAGCAACCAACUCAGCGCUGCUGAGGGUUUCCAUGAGUUUGCAGACGUGUCACCAAUAUCUCUGGAGACUGAGGACAAAAUUCUCAAUGAACCCAGUGUUGACGCGUCUUACCAAACCAGCGGCCCCGAGGGUUACCGUGACUCGCAGAUCUCCUCAGACACUGAAGACAGCCUUCACAGUAACGGAAAGAAGCACCCCCAAACUGAUCAACAAUUGAAACAAUCGGUUCUGGACAUGAUCCUUCAAAAUAUCGGAAAAUCUUCAGGUAAAGCGAACAUCGGCGUGGUGGCAACAGGGGUCGGCCCCCUGGCCCAGGGAGGUCACCACAGCGGCGGGCAGCCACGCACCUCACCGCUGGCACCUCCCGCCCGGGACCUGCUUCCUAGGCCUUUCCAGACACCUCGGCCUCGGCCUCUCGUGCCUCUGAAGCUGCGGUUCUACAUCCCCUCCUCGCUCGCCAACCACCUCCCCUAA